AUGGUGGAAUCUGCGGAAAGAGAAAUUGCUUCUUUGUUGGCGGUGUUGUCAUUCUCAGAAGAUGAAACCGAAAAAUGCCCUUUAGGAAUCUUUGCACGCUCUUUACGAAGCCUUCUACAAGAAAAAGGAGGCGAUGCUCUUACACUUUGUGAUACAAUUGCGGUGGAAUCUAUGGAAUUAUUAAAGGAGGAGGAGCGAAUUAUUGCAACAAAAAAAAUGAUCUCCCUUACUUAUGACAAGCUAAAGGCUGAAGUUGCCAGACUUGAGGCACAGAUGCGAGAGCAGGAAAGUCGUCUUAAAGAAGUUACCCAACAAAGGAAAAUGUGUAGAUUGGCACUAAAUGCAUUGGUUGCCGGGGACGUCCCUCGUUAUGUAGAUGCCAAAGCUGCGGCUGAAGUCCCUCCAGUUGAACCCCUGGUCAUCAUUGCAGACGGUAGUGAUGAGAACCUCAAGGGCCAUGAUGAGGCAACUACACUUUCCGAAGUAGCUCCCGUAGUACACUUCUCGAAGAAUACCGUCCUUUUGAAAUCCCCUACCGCGACAUCAUCCAGAGUGAUAGGGAAAGGCGCGAACAGGUGUUGGGCACCGGAGAUGAAUCAAACUGGUACUCGGGGACAGGGCGGAACAGGUUUUCAAUCACCCAGUCUGCCUUCCUCAGCCGUAAACUCUACAAGCUUGCUGGUAACUCUGCGUCUUCCUGAACUGAAGGAAACUUCUUUAUUGCAUGCCAUCGAGUCCUUCGAACUGCAAACCUUUACACAAGGCGAUGACUGGAUUUCUACAGAGAGGUACCCAGAUAUUUGUGCGCUACUUCUUGAUUUGCUGAAGAAUUUACCAGAAUCGCGGCCGCCGGUACAGCUUGCGGAGCUGCGUUUACUUGAAAAGGUCUUUCAAACGGCACCUACAAGUAACGAACUACACAACCAAAACCUACUGGGAAUGCUGGAAGCUCUCUUGACAAAGGGGCGUACGAUUUUUGUUCUUAUUAGUCUUCUGAACAGCGUCAAUGACGAUGUAAAAUGCGCUGCACUUGAGUGUCUAUCGUCUUUUGUAUGCGGAACAUACCCUUUUUUAACAGCCGGCUUUGUAGAAAGUGUUGGAUUGUGCCAGCACGCCCGGCGCGAGUUUUUAGACUCUGAUGGGUUAAAGCUUCUUAUCCACAUCGUGACUCUAAGUUCCUCGGAAGCGGUGAUGGAAUGUGCGCUACUCUUUCUUUGGGGUCUUCUCUCUAAAGAUGACAGAACGGACAGCAACCACUUGGAGAGGAGGCCCGUCUGUUCAAGCGUAAUUGCUCUCGGAGGUCUUUCCGCCGUGUUGGAUUUGUUGUUUACUGACUCUUUGAUUAUCCUUGAGAAUGUCUGCAUGGUGAUAGGCUACCUUACGCGCGAUAAUGCUUCCAAAAAAGAAAUACGGGAAACUGGAGGUCUUGAAAAGCUAAUUUCGACACUCCGCCAUUUCUCAACCUCGAUUAAGGCAAAGAUAGCUGGAGCUAUCUGGAAUUGUGCGUCCGAUGAAGAUAAUCGGAAUAGUUUGCAUAAUCUUGGGGGAAUCCCGGCGCUUCUGGGGCUUUUUGUGUUGAAUAGCUCCGAGCGUGAUGGAACUGCCGCACAGGAAUUUCUUUUCGAAAAUGUUGCUGGAGCGCUUUGGAACCUCAGCGUGGAUAGCGAAAGCAAAAAGCAAAUUGUGGCCUACGGAGGGAUUCCUCUUUUAAUAGAGGUCCUGACAGCCUCUAGUAGUCUGCCCGUUCUCGAGAACAUCACUGGUACACUAUGGAAUUGCUCAUCGUCAGUAGAGGUUCGCUCUGAAAUAUUCAAGUUUGGCGGUAUCCCUCCCCUUUUAUCCCUACUGAAUGUUUGGAAGACGGACGCAUCGGACUCAACAGUUUCUCAUAAGCCUACACUGGCUGCAAAAACGAUUCUUAGUGAGAAAGUUUUCGAUAAUGUCUCCGGAACACUGCGCAAUUGUGUUCUGGAGGAUCGAUUUAAGCCUCUUAUUUGUGAAUCUGGAGGGAUAAGGUUGCUACUUCACCAUAUCCAAAGAGCUACAUUGGAUGCCGAGGAUACCUUAAGAGUGUCGCUGCCCAUCAGCACUGUUGAGAAAAUGGUCGCAACGCUUUGGGUUUUGACGACUUUGCCGGAUAGCAAGAUCGAAGUGGCUCAUAACGGGGGAAUCGAAAUGCUUGUAAAAGUUCUGGAAUCAUCGUCACCGGUUUUAGCUGCUGUACAAAAGUUUCCUGACAAGGGAGGAUCUUUAUUCUCUUUGAUCAAACCCCGUGAAAGAGAGCAUCUUGAGUCUCCUAGUGACUUUUUUGAGGCAUUUUUCUCCCCCGAUGUGUUGCAGAAAAUUCCAUCCCUGUCUCCCAUUGUUCCACUAAGUAUGGGCAUCCGAGAGAUGAUUGUCGGCGUGCUGCGGAACUGUAGUACCGUUUUAGAAAAUCGAAAGAGGUUAGUUAAUUGUGGUGCGGUUCGCUGCCUUAUUUCGGUAGUGCUAGAUUGCUAUUCGUCGAAAAUGGUAUUUACCAAUCAGAGUGUCCGACACAAAAAUGUCAGCCGAGAAAAGGAGCCAUCUAUGCAUCUGAAGGAAUGUGUUUCUUCUGCGAUUCGGUAUCUUUCGCGUGAAGAUAAGGUAGUGUUGCGAGAGCAAGGUGGCUUAGAGCUGAUGUGCAUGCUUCUGCUGACCCCCCUCGAGCCGGGCACUGUGCUUGAGCAGGCCGUUGGUGCCAUUUCUUCACUCACGAGUAGUAAUUUGGAAAAUAAAGAAGCCAUUCGUCAGUAUGGAGGUCUUCAUGCCUUGGUUCAAAUGAUCUCUAAUUUAAACUCAUCGGAAUGCUUUUCCGAAAAAAAAACGCCUGGUAAAGAUACUAAAAUGGGUGUUAGUAAUCGCAAUGACUUUCUUUAUAAUGCUUUACUCACUAUUCGCAAUGUGACGCUUUCAAACAAGAAAAAUAUGAAGUACUGCGGUGAGGCGAUCGUUACUGGUAAAGAUGGCUUUGGGGACGUACUGCUUCAUACCCUACAGCACGGCUCUGAGGAAUGCGCUCGAGAGGUUGCUAUGAUAGUAAGGAACUUGUGCACUUUGCCAGGCAUGGUGGGAUGGUUUGAGUGUCAUGACGUUAGCGCGAUUUUGAACCAAUUGUCUGAAAGUGUUUCCUCAGAUUCCGUUCGGCGAGCAAUCAACAAUGCUAAGCACACGAUUUUUCAAACAUUACAAUAA